AGUUUCAACGCAUCCUUCAGUAUGUCCUCCACAGCUACCAUAAGGAGGUGAAGAAAGUCAUAGAUGCGGCUCAAGGUAGCUGGGAGAGGUUUAAGGAGGGGAUGCAGAGGAAGUACCGCUUGGGAGACGGGCUAUUGACUACCGCAGACCUUGAGGCGAUGAACAAAGAGGAUUUUACGACAAUAGGGGYCUUUGUUCAAKAAUUUAAGAAGAGAGYGCRGAAGGUCYAUGGGAUUUCGGAGGAAGCACAAUGCGCCAUCUUCCUGGGGCUACUCACGGCAUCGGAGGCCGUCGAGUUGACGAGGCAUGGAGGAGGUAGCACUAAGCUCACCUGGGCCACCAUUGACAGAGGGGUGAAAGUUGGGUGUUUGGACCAGGUGGAGCAACGUCAGGUACGCCUGCAAAGGCAGAAGAGAAAGGAAAGAGAUGCGACUGCUUCUGGGACCCAGGGGGUAACAAGGAUUGUUACAGACGUGUUGGCACAGCUAGGGUAUGCGACGGAGCCGGUGGUGCAAAGGAGGGUGGUGACGGCUGUCAAAGUGAAAGGAAAGGAGCCGGUGAUAGAGGAGGCUGUUCAGGAGGAGCUCUGGGAAGAGGAAGAGCCAGUGCCGCAGCACCUGACGAAGGUCCAGCGCAAAGUGCGUAAUUUGGCGCAGGGCGGACAGGGAUCAGGAAAAGCGCAGGCGCCUCAGGCCGAGGCAGCAACCCCUUUAAAUGUGGCGGCUCCAUCAUCUAGUACGGGUCUCUCGCAAGGUGGGGCGCCCUCCUACGGACAGUGGCCCUGGUCGGUGAUCAAUGCAAUUGUGCCAUGGGGAAGCUCGCCGGCAGUAGCCGGACCGCCAACGAGUAUGCCACCGCCCAUCUACCCCGCAGCCCAGGCCCAGCCUGUGGCCCCGCCGCCGUCACCUGCUCCUAGUUCACAGGGCAGUGUGGCAGGAGGUGGGAACCAGGGGCAAGGCAAUCAAGGCAACGGAGGGAGGGGUGGAGGAAGGGGGCUAUGGCAGGAAAAGGAGGAACCACCGAUUGGGAUAGAGGAAGUGGGGAGCGAUGAGGAAGUGGCUCAAGGGCUACGAGGAGGAAGUAAGACGGAAGAGCCCAUAAUCAUCGAGUCAGAUGACGAGGAUGAGGAGGAAAGAAUGGAGCCUCCGUCCGUCUUAUUUGGGAAGAUAGAGGACCUGCUGGAUAAGAUAGGGAGGUACCAACAGAAGUGGGUGGGCCUCUGUGAGGAAGUGAAGGGAAGGAGGUCUAACAUCCUCAAAGUGUUCCUCUAUGACUCCGGCCCGGAGUCGGCGCCUGGGCGACUCGGAGUAAAUGUGGUGGGAUCGUGCCCACAAUCGGGAAUGAGGGGGAGGCCCCUCACUCCGCAGGCCCGGCUGGCACAGGCAGCGAGAACGAGAAAUCAAGCCAAGGCCAGUGCCAGCCAAGAGCCUCCGAGGAGGGAACCCGAACCAAGGAGAAGGAAAGAGGCUGUGGAAGUAGAGGACGAUGAUGAUGAAGAGGAAGAGGACGAGAGGCUGCGCAGAGAAGAGGAUCAGAGAACGGAGCAGCGGGCGAGGAAAAAGGGAACCAGGGGAGAGGCCGAGCCAGUCAUACGUGACGGACCACCCAAAAAGAAGAAAUACGUGGUUCGGUUGGAAGAGGGAUUUGACGUAGAGAGAGUAAUUGACAGGCUGCUGGAAGGGCAUAAUGACCUCAUGACCCUGAAGGAAAUCCUAGCGUCAGCGCCGCGACUCCGCGAUGAACUGAAGGGGAGAUUGUCGUGGCGCCUGGUACCCAAUGUCCAUCUGGGUACGAUCCUGCCCAAUGAGGCUGAGUGGGCAAAGUCGGGGACGAAAAUGAACUGGAAGUGUGUAGCCUGCGGCACGGUGGAUUUGGUGGUGAAGGGUUCCAAGUGUGCGGCAAUGGUGGACACCGGGGCCGAAAUGAACAUCAUUCGGGAGGCGGACGCAAUCAGAUUUGGGCUGGAUAUAGACCGUUCUGACUGCGGUAUUCUGCAUGGAGCCAGCUGUAAGGCCGUGUUUUGCGGGACAGCCUCGAAUGUGAUCAUCGAGGUUGGAAAGGUGAAGGUCAGGGCAUGCUUCUUCAUAAUGAACACCGGGCCAAGGAGUAUAAGGAACCGGCCCAAUCCAGGAUCAUUCACAAUUGAGGAGUCAGAAGAGGAGCGCAUGAGGCUCCGAGCAGAGCCUGAAGCAGGAGAGAGGGUGAAAGCAUUUUCCCUCAGCCUGUCGGAUGUUGGGAAGGCCAUGGACCUGGUGGCCGCGCAUGAGAUGGCAGAUCCGGAUGCCAUCCAGGUCUUGAGGGAGCAAGUUCUGGAAUGUCCCGAGGCAGGAAGGUUGGAGUUGGUAUAUCAGCUCCCAGGCAGCGGAGGGCACCCCGCAUCAGCGCAAACACAAUCCGAUUUGCAAGGACUGAAUGCGGUGACUGUGCGAGAUGCUGGAGGACUGCCGAAUGCAGACGCGCUGUCAGAAUCCUGUGCUGGAAGGCCUAUAAUUUCUCUUAUAGACCUUUACUCACGAUACGAUCAGUUCCCAGUCUACCCGCCGGAUAGGCCGGUGACGGCUAUGCACACGCCGCGAGGGUUAGUCCACGUGAAUGUGGCCCCACAAGGGUGGACCAACGCAGUAGCAAUGGUCCAACGGGCCAUGAUUCGGGCUAUGCAGUCAGUCAGCCCCCAUAUCACACAACCAUACAUUGACGAUUUGGCAGUGAAGAGGCCGGCAGCGAAAGAGAGCGACGAAGUCUCGCCAGGGAUAAGGCGCUUUGUCUGGAAACACAUCCAGGACCUCGAAAAGGUCAUGAGCCUGGUCGAAGAGCAUAACCUUAUGGCGAGCGGGGCCAAGUCCAGACACUGCAUGAGGGGAGCGACUAUUUUGGGGUUCGUCUGCAGCGAGAAGGGCCGAAGGCCGGAUGUGAAGAAGACGGACAAGAUUACUGAGUGGUCGGUUCCGUUCCACUCAAUAACUGAUGUCAGGAGCUUCCUUGGUACGUGUGAAUUUUGGAGGGCCUUCGUCAAGAACUUUGCCGCUAAGACUGAACAUCUGAGGAAGUUAGUUCGCCAGGAUCAGGAAUGGGUUUGGGGGGAAGAGCAAGAAGAGGUAGUGGCCAGAAUGAAGGAGGAGUUUCGAGAAGGAGGGUUGGUGUUAGGAGCGCCAGAUUAUGAUGCUACAGAAACACGACCCUUCAUUGUCGAAACAAGUGCGGGGCCAACUGCCUUAGGGGGAGUUCUAAUUCAGGCAGACAUGGAAGGUAAGGAAAGACCCUUGCGAUUUGAGAGCCGGACUCUCUGUAUGACGGAGAGGAAUUACUCUCAGUUCAAAAGGGAGACCCUUGCUGUCCUCCACUGCCUGCGAAUCUUCCGGAACUACAUCUUCGGCAAGAGGUUUAUUUUGAGAGUGAAUCCGACCGCCCUGGCCUACUCUCUAAGGAAUUACGUUCCAUCGGAUCCGACGGUUGCCAGAUGGUUGACGUACAUCUGGAUGUUCAAUUUCGAAUUGGAACGGAUUCCUGGUAGCAAGAACCGGGCGGACGGGUUGAGUCCGAUCAACAGGGAUAAACAGGAAGGGGAGGCGGUGAAGAAUAUGCUCCCAAUUGAUGGAUUUCUAGAUCAGGAAGAAGAUGUUCGUCUCCACAUUAACAAGUGGUCGCCGCGAGUGCCCAGCUGUGUAGGCUAUCCUAUCUGGCAAACGCCAAGUGGGUAUGAAUGGAGGAAUGAGCUAGUCCUUAAGCCCUUUGAGGAAGAAGAUCCCUGGGGCGGUAAGGAUGUUCAGUGGAUGAUGGAGCUAGCGCUAGCCAGCUCGCAUAGCCUGGUGGAGGAAAUGAGAACGAUUGAGGAAGGACCUGGCCAGGUAGAACGACAUGAGGACCUGAUGGGAGGAAUGUAUCUCCUCGUCAACACGUUAUUGCAGGAAGGCCUCGAACAGUCAGGCUCGUUAAACUCGACAGGAAAUGUGGACGAAGUGUCCGAGAGUCGGGACGACGAGUUCGAGGAGGGGAAGAUUAAGGAGGCUUUUCGUGCAGAGGAGUACGACAGGAUCUACCUAGAGCUGGGGCUUCUUCUGUCAUGUGAAAUGCGGCUAAGGGAUGCAAGCGAUAGGGCUCAGAGGAUGCUGCAGCGCUAUUUAGUGCGAGACAGCCACUUUUUCGUAAGAAGAGAGGUGGGAAAUCCCAGGAGAGUCGUCUGCGGUAGGAAUCGUCAGAUCGACGUCAUAGCAGCGCUUCACGAUGGCAUUGCAGGAGGGCAUCGAGGGGUACAAGCUACGUAUGCCAAGAUAAGUGAGUUGUACUACUGGGAUGGAAUGAUGGACAUGGUCGGGAAAUUCUGCCGAUCUUGCGUACCUUGCCAGGAGAAAUCCCGUUUAAGGCAAGGAGAGUCGUUGCAUCCAAGGUCUGACUUUACGAAGACAGCCAUGCCAAGAGGAGGGAAGGGGACACGGCCGCCUCAGAGACCGUUGGGCGCAUUAGGAGGAUAUGAGCGGUAUGGGCCUCGCCAUCGAGAGAGUACUCCGGUCUACAAUGAUGGGGACAUCGAGUUAUUCCUGGACAGUUUCUGGGAGCAUGCGAGGCGUAUCGGCUGGACCGUGGCUCAGGCGAUUGAGAGAUUGAGGGGAGCAGGCAGGUUCGAGGAGCCCAUUGCCAGGAUUCGUAGGGAGGCGACGACAAGGCAGGAGGUAGAGAUGAGGAUGGAGGAGUUGCGACCCUCGCCUGUGGGACCAGAUGGCAGGCCGAUCCGCCUGGAGAUUGGAAAUGCGUCGGACUUCAUCCCCGCAUUUGAGUGGUUCAUGCAGGGGCAGGGCAUACCGAGAGAUGAUUGGAUGCAGACGCUACCACUCUGGACCAGGAAGGCGGAAAGGCCACUGGCUAGCCAAAUCAGAGACAUGGUCCGGGACUGGGAGAGCUGCAGGGCACAUCUGAGAGAAGCCUUUCGACGGCCAGAGCCCCCUCAGCCCAGAGUUGAGAGGCGUCAGAGGAGUCAGAGGCAGAAGGACCCAGAGCCCAGGGAGGCAAGACCGUCUCGAGGAGGAUGGAAGGCCCUAGCCAGGAGAGAGGAGGAGCCAGAGCAGGAGCCAGAGCAGGAGCCAGAGGCUGAGGAGCGAGGGGUGUACCCUGAGUGUGGGUUGGGACCAGUGGAGUUCCAUCGUUUUACUGAGGGUGGAUUGAGGAGAUCGCCAGCACGCACGCAGGAGGAGCCGCCAGCAUCUGAGGGGCCCUUGAGGGAAUUGGAGACGCAUUUGGAUAUCUCCCAGUGGAGAGCAUCGCCUCAGGGCGAGGAGCAUGGAGAGCAGGCAGAGGAGGUGCCACAGGAGGAGGUGCCACAGGAGGAGGUCCAGGGUACUCAGCGAGAGAGAGAGCUGGGCGAUGAGGGGAGACGUGCAGGGAAGGAAGUGAUAGAGGUUGGAGAGGACACGCCCCCACAGACGCCAGCAGUGGGUUUAAGACUUGGGGAUGCACCAGGGAGCACCCGGCAGGCAGAGGAGAGGUUGCAGAGUGAGGAGGUCCCAUUACCUUCAUCAGGAAAGGCUCCUUCGCCAGAAAAUAGGGCAGAAAGGAGGAGAGAGAGGGCAGUUGUAAGGAGAGAAGCCUUGAUCCUGAUUGACAGACACAUAGUAGCUCAUGCCCUGGAGCACCCAGACCUGGAGGGGCCAGCACCUGCAGAGCCUCGCCAGGAGCCGUGCCACCCCGAGAAGGAGAUGGAGGUAGAGAUCCCAAAGAGGGUCGACCUCCGCACGAGGGAAAGGGCGUCAGCUGGAGAGACGGCUGAAGAAAAGAGGGCGAGAAGAACCAGGCGGAUAGAUGAGAUAUGGCAGGAGAGGCAGAGGUUGGAGGUAGCGGGGGAGUUUCCGGAGCAGCAGCAGGAGAGGCAGAGAUCGGAGGCAACAGGAGCACUCCCAGGGAAAAAGAUGAAGGAAGCAAGCCAUGGAGUACGUCGGGAGGCUAUGAAGAUGGAAAUUCAGGAACUCAGGACCUUGGUGGCCAGCCAGGCAGCUAUCAUUGAGAGUCUGAGGCAACAAACCCAGGGAAAGGUGGACAAGCCAGAGAGCAGCAGGCAGGGAGAGCAGAGGCAGCCCGGACAAGGAUUGUCAGGACAGCCAUCUACGGUAGAGCCUCGCCAGGAGUCACCUAUGGGAAGAGUUAUCCUGGAGCCAAAGGAGGCGAGAGCCCAGAGACAGGCAGAGAGAGAGGCAUUCGAGUUUGGAGCCCCUACUGAGCUCGUGACGCUGCCAGUGGCAGCGGCAGACCCAGUCGUACCUUUGGCGAUUGAGGAGGGGCUACCGCCAUCUAGCAAUGAGCCGGCUCAGGGGUCAGCAGAGGGAUCCAUGGGUGUACUCCUUGAGGCAGUGCAUACCAUGCAGGAGGAGGCGAGUUUGUUUUCACCCGAGCAGAGGAUAGAGGAGCCGCUUGAGAAAAAAAUGGGGAUUGAGGCGGAGGGUGCCAUCGAGAGCAGGCUCCAGAGGAUGGGCACACCUGAGUAUGGACCAGAGGAGAUUGAGGUGCAGCCCACGACAGUGCCAGGAGAGACACUCGAGAGGAGACCUCAGAGGUUGGACACGUCUGAGUACGUCCCAGCGACAAGGGAUUUGAGGAGCAGACUGGGAUCUUGGGCUACUGGAUCUGGGUCUGGGGGACCGGUUCCUGGGACAGAGUAGCAGGAGGUCGUAAGUACCGCAGCUCCUCGA